CAGGCUGCGGUGUCCGGCAGUGAGCGGCAGGGGGCGGCACCGCACCGCACCGCGUCGCUCCGCUCCGGUCUGCGCAGCGGCGGAGCGGCAGGCGGGCAGCCGGAGCAGAGAGCCUCCCGAGCGGCCGAAACAGAAACACCGCCCGCCUGUCCGCCUCCUGCUCCUCCGGAUCAAACACACCUACAGCUCCGAGACCGACAGAGGAGAGUCCAGGAUGAAGACGCUGCAGAUCUUCCUCCAUCUGAGUCUUCUGCUCUUCGUGGCUUCAGCUCAGCAGGUGGAUGAACCCGCCACCUACUCAUGUACGGAGGGCUACGAGUUCAACGUGGAAGAACAAGAAUGUAAAGACAUCAACGAGUGCGAGACGUUGCCAGAUGCCUGUAAAGGAGGGAUGGGUUGUAUCAACCACUACGGUGGAUACUUCUGUCUGCCACUGAACGCCCAGAUUAUUAUCAGCAACGGAGAGGAGGAACCCACCACAACCACCCGUCCCCCUCCUUCACACUUCAUCCCCCUUCCCGCAGUGCCCAGACACCGCGGCAACUACCAGACCACCAGCAACCAGGGCAGCAACCAGGCCAGGCUGACCUCUGUCCAGUGUCCAAUUGGAUUUACCGCUGACGAGUUUAACUACUGCAGAGAUGUGAACGAGUGUGUUCCCAGCAGCCCUUGCCAACAUCUGUGCUACAACCUGCAGGGAUCCUUCAUGUGUCAGUGUGAACAGGGCUACGAGCUGACUGCAGACCAGCUGAGCUGCCACGAUGUGGAUGAGUGCCUGCUGUCCUCCUACAUGUGUCAGUGGCAGUGUGUGAACCAGCCCGGUUCCUACAGCUGUAUCUGCCCUGAAGGAUACCAGCUGCAGGGAACACGCAUGUGCCAAGACAUUAACGAGUGUGAAACGGGACCAAACUGUCGUGAGGACCAGGUGUGCUGGAACUACUUUGGAGGUUACCGCUGCUAUCCCAGAAACCCCUGCCAGGAGCCUUAUGUCCAGACCGGAGAGGGUCGCUGCAGCUGCCAGUCUCUGAGCGCGUGCAGAGGACUUCCUCCCUCCAUCGUCUAUAAGUAUAUGAGCAUCACGUCGGAGCGUUCGGUGCCGGCGGACAUCUUCCAGAUCCAGGCCACCAGCGUCUUCCCCAACAUGCACAACACCUUCAGGAUCAAAGCCGGGAAUGAGGAGGGCCAGUUCUUCCUCAGGCGAUCCAGUAACGUGAGCGGCAUGCUGGUGAUGACGCGCCCCCUGAUUGGUCCCAGAGAGCACGUCCUGGACCUGGAGAUGGUGACGCAGAACUCGGCUGUCAGUUAUCGAUCCAGCUCCCUGCUCCGCCUCACCAUCAUCGUCGGACCGUACGCCUUCUAGAAACUUCCAUUGUUUUACAGACGUCUGUUUCCAGGACACUUUCCAGGACACUUUCAAGGACCUAACCAUUAAUGUGUUUCUUCUAGUGGAAGUCUUAUUUGACAGAGUAACUGCUGAGUUCGUCUUUGCUCUAAAACCAGGAGAGUUUUCCAGAAAAGCGGUUCAAGAUUUGAAUUUAAACAUCUGAGUUCAAACAUUUAGACCUCGUUUAGAGUCUCGUAUCGGAUCCAGAUGAGAUUUAAGACUCUUUCAUUUACACUCAGUCGGAUUACAGUCUUUGUUUUCUGGCUCCAUGUGAAUCAGGGUCGGUCCUCCUGCAGUCCAGGUGCUGAUGCACCUGAAGCUGUUUAAGUAAUAUCUUUGUUUGAGAUAUCCAAAAGGAUAAUUAAGAUAUCUUUAAUUGAAAUUAUGACAAGUCACAAAUGCAUCGCAGAUAUCUUCCACGUGAAUCCUGCCCGAAGCUUUCUGUAGAAACGAGCUCUCUGUUAUAUAACAGCAGAAAUCAGAGGAAACUCGGACUUCUCAAACUGAACUCUUCUGGCGUCUCUGCUGAUGAUGUCAUCGGGACGGCGCUCUGCCAGGCUUCAGCUCUGCAGGGACGUUACAUCACAUCCUGUCCUCCUGUCUCCUCCACUCUCUCUCUUCUUCUUCUUCUUCUUCUUCUUCUUCUUCUCUGCUGGAAGCUUCAGAUUUCAGAGGAAACCUUCAUUUAUCAUCAGCAGCUCGCACGCUGAUGUCAAAGCUUGUCGCUGAAUUUAUCGUAUCUAAACAUUUUUACAAGCUUCUGAUUUAUGUGACUUUACUGCAACUGUAAAAAAGAACAAGAGCAGGAAACACAGCAGAGCAACAGAUGCAGUUCAGGGAGGGAAACUCAGCGUGAUCUGUCUCAGCUGAUUCUGCAAACGCAAACAGAUGUUUGUAGUUUGAGCGGUUGGACUUCGUGUCAUUAAAGUGGAACAAACUAACAACAGAAGUUUACUGUCAGGCUGAAUGUGUUUUAAUCCAAUAAACAAGAAUCUCACGUC